GCCUCCAUGGGUCCUCCCCGGUAGCUUCCAUUCUCUCCCCAGCUUCCUCUGUUUUCUUUUCGACUCUCUAGAGCUCUGGUGCAUAGGAGGCAUCUCGCUCUCGCUCCCUGGUUGGUGUUCGAAUCCGGUCGCUCUCUCCACUUCGAUCUUCUUGAUAUGGAGGCUUGUCCAUCAAUCAAAAACAUUCUUCUUCUUGACUCCGAGGGGAAACGAGUAGCUGUAAAAUAUUAUACAGAUGACUGGCCAACGCUUGCUGCAAAAUUGGCAAAUGAGAAAUCUGUAUUUACUAAAACAAUGAAGACAAAUGCUCGAUCUGAAGCAGAGAUAGCAAUGCUUGACAAUUAUAUCGUUGUGUACAAGUUUGUUCAAGAUCUGCAUUUUUUUGUUACUGCUGGAGACGAUGAGAAUGAACUCAUUAUUGCCACAGUGCUUCAGGGAUUUGUUGAUGCAGUUGGCCUUCUUCUCAGGAAUGAGGUGGAUAAACGGAUGGCACUUGAAAACCUGGAUUUGAUCCUUCUUUGCCUUGAUGAAAUUGUUGAUGGAGGAAUCAUUCUUGAGACGGAUGCUAGUGUUAUUGCUGGAAAAGUUGCAAGCCACGGUCUAGAGGGGGCUGGAUCCCUGUCUGAGCAGACUAUAUCUCAAGCCCUAGCCACAGCUCGCGAACAUUUGGCAAGAUCCCUUCUUAAAUGAUGUGCUCAGUUUUAUCCUUUUCCUUUUCUUCUUUUUUUUUUUGGCUGCUGGUGGUGGUAAUGAGGGAUGGGGUUAAUUGAUUGUUUAACCCAGUCAAGCCUAAAUUUUCUGUAAGUUGGAAUGUAAUUUAUAGUUCAAAUUUAUGUGGGGCAAGCAGCCACGAGGAUUGAUUAUCUGGUUCUUUAAAUUUUUCUAAGACAAUGAGCUUGCAAUUUAGUUUGCAAUUACAAGUGGCAGGGAAAUUGAGAUUGCAUCA